AUGGGUUGGAUAUUCAUUCCGAUAGACGAGUUUUACUCUAAAGCUGAUAUUGCUGUUGAUGAUGAUAAGGGGGAAGUAUAUCGGGAUUCGUCAGUUGAACAAUGGAUCGAAAAAAUCUUGAAUUAUUACACUCUUAAGAAUAACGAUUAUAGUUCGUCGGCGAGUCCACCGACUGCGUUCUUAGAAGCAGCGGCAGAGUCUGUCUUGCGUAUUCCAUUUUAUCAACUGCUCACUGAUUUUACUGCCACGUAUGCUGCCGAAUCACUUGGACACAGACAAUUUGCUCGUCUGGUAUUGACUCCGCUAAGUGGGUUAUAUCCUGUAGAGUACAAAAUACUCGUACUAGAGAAUUUUGUACGAGCGUUAGUUAACUUUAAAAUAUCCAAAGCUUCAACACCAUUCUCGUAUUGGAGAAAGCGUACCAACUAG